CACCGUGGCUGUGUGAUCCAAAUUCAGACUCUUGGAAACCGACUCAUAUUUAUGACGGUGGCUGUGUGGGUCACGCAAUCCCCUUUUGCGACCUUCGGAUGACAAAGUCAACGGGGGAAGCCAGAUUCACUCAACAAGACCGUGGGACUCACAAUUUGCAACGGCCGCGAUUCGUUCAACCACCGCGGCAAGGAAGGGGUUGUGAAAAAAUGGGGCAAAGCUCACUUAACACACGUCUCACUUAGCGCCAGAAAAUUUGGGGCUCGGUGAGGUAGUAAGUCAAGGGCUAACUUAAUAAAAGGUUUGGAGGGCCGGCUAAAUCAGGGUUAAUCGGAAAUUUCCGCGCUGCAGAAAAUAGGUUGAGACUUUAGGCAGACGAAAGUUAACUGACGGAGGUCUAGAGAGGACAAUCGCUCUCUUGGACAACAAUUAAGAGUGGAAUGACCUGCCACGAGGCCAAAGUCCUACAAACGUUUUUCUAACCCAACAUGAUCUCGGAAAGCUCUGGAUCGAAGGAGUGAAAACCAUCCCGUGAUUCAUAUCAUGUUUAGCCGAAAUAAAGCCACUCGGUGUUAUAUAAUCCUGAAGUUCCGCUUGUGGUGGUUCUGAGGACUUAUCUCUACAUGACCGACCGAGACACAUCAUCUGCCGCUGAUUGGCUCACAAGAAACGCCUGUCACUUGCCAGCUCCAAAGAAAAGGCCGGCUUUCCCUGGAGGGCGGUGCUAAGGCGCGCAGGUCGAAGGACAAUCCCUUAGCCAAUAAGAAGGAGGAGGCGUGAAGCCCCGCCUGCCGCGCCCUUCGAUUGGUCGGAUCCCCCCAGGAGCAGCUGGGACGAUGGAGUAGCAGAGCUGACAGUCGUCUUUUGAAUACCAAGAUGAAGAAAGAACAGAUACUCAACUGUCAGUUCUCCUCCUGGUAUCCUCGCUUCAAGAGACAGACCAUCCGCAGUGUCGUCCUUCCAAUCCCACAGAACGUCAAAGAUUAUUUGCUAGAUGAUGGAACUCUGGUCGUUUCUGGCAGAGAAGAUCCCCGAACUGUAACCCAAGAUGGGGACGAUGAGGAAGAGGCAGAAGCCGUGUGGUCUGAUGGAAAUACAACAACGCUUACAGCACCAGAAUUUCCCGAAUUUUCCCUUAAAGUUGAAGAGGCGAUCCAUUCCUUGGGAGGCAGCGUUUUUCCGAAGCUUAACUGGAGUGCUCCAAGGGAUGCCUACUGGAUUGCCAUGAAUAAUUCCCUGAAAUGCAACAGCCUCAGUGACAUUUUCCUGCUGAAAAGUUCGGAUUUCAUUACUCGCGACUUCACUCAGCCGUUUAUCCAUUGCAGCGACGAUUCCCCUGAUCCUGCUUUGAAUUAUGAACUUGUCCUCCGGAAAUGGUGUGAAUUGAUUCCUGGCGCAGAGUUUAGGUGUUUUGUGAAGGAAAACAAACUUGUUGGUAUAUCUCAGCGAGACUACACCCAGUACUACGAACACAUCGCUAAACAGAGAGAGGAGAUUUGCAGAUGCAUUCAGGAUUUUUUCACGAAACACAUACAGUAUAAAUUUCUGGAUGAGGAUUUUGUGUUUGAUGUCUACAGGGACAGUAUGGGCAGAGUUUGGCUCAUUGAUUUUAAUCCAUUCGGGGAAGUAACAGAUUCUCUGCUCUUUACGUGGGAAGAAAUAAGAUCUGGAAACAGUUCGACAAAUGACCAGACUGAAGGCGCAGCAAUGGAAGAGGAAUCUCCAUCCUUCCGUUGCACAAACAGCAACCUCACCGUCCAGCCGAGUCCGUAUCUGAGCUAUAGAUUACCCAAAGAUUUUGUAGAUCUCUCCACGGGAGAAGAUGUCCACAAACUAAUUGACUUGCUCAAGCUGAAAAGAAAUCAGCCAGAGGAUGACGAACCAUGAGGAUGAAUUGAAAAAAUGGAAAGGAGGCCACCCAGAAAAAAUAGGAUUUUAACUAGAGCAGUUCUGAGUAAGAAAACUUCUUUCGUCCCAGAAGGAAGGCGAUGCUAAAUAUUGCAUAACCCUUUAACAGAAUAAAGAUGUUUUCACCUCA